CCACGACCAGGCAACGCUACGCGACGCAACCCCCUCGUACUUCUCCAUUAAAGCAUCGUUUGAUACGAUUCGCACGCCAUAGCCAUGUCUGAACCAUAUGAUCCGUACCUUCCUCGCGGCGGCUCUUCGUCGAACCCUCCCGGGCCGGGGGGCAACGCGAAGACUGCUGCGAUUCAGCAGCAGAUCGACGACACCGUUGGCAUCAUGAGGGAGAACAUUACAAAGGUGGCGGAGCGAGGAGAGAGAUUGGACCAACUGCAGGACAAGACCGACAACCUUGCUGUGUCGGCGCAAGGGUUCCGCCGUGGUGCGAACCGAGUGCGAAAGAAUAUGUGGUGGAAAGACAUGAAGAUGCGCAUCAUCAUUGGUGUAGCAAUUGCCAUCAUCAUUAUCAUUGUUGUCGUUUCCGUCGUGAAAGCGACGCAUCACUGAGCGCUCACUUUCGUUGUCUUCGUCUCGCCCUGCACACGUCCACAGGCCCGCAGGGGUCGUUGUUGUACAUGUUACUAUCUAUGCACGUACUCUAAUCUUCACUUUUUCUCCGUUGGUAUGGCGGAAGCGGACUGUUACUCUCUUCUCGGUGCCCUCAGCUCUGUGAGUAGGUGUAUAGUACGUCGGCUCUUACAUACGAUGCCCUUCUCACUAUAUGAAGACACUGUCUUGUAAGUUGUGU